UCCUUAUUCAAACUGCAGGAUAUCCUGUUCUGAGACACACAACACCAUGCUUAUCACAUUUAAAACAAAAUAAACCCAUUUCGCCCACAACAGCAAAGGAGAUUCUGCAUUCCCAGCGUCACCACCAGCAUUGUUGCCUAUCAUUGUCAGUUUUGAUGCUGACAAUGCCUCGGCUUCAACAGUUUAUAGCCCUGCUGCUCAUCACUCUUGCUUAUGGCGACGACUGCCCCAUUUCCUUCAACAUUCCUGAGGUGGUUGAAUAUGGAGCUUCAUUCUCAGUGAACUGCUCCACCAACGUCACUGAUCAUUUGGGCUUGAGUUGGGAGCCAAAUAAAGAGGCUGCGGAGAAAACUGGCGAGAUCUCCAAAACUCUAGUGGGAGAGUGGGAGAGCGAAUUCUCUUGCUACAUCUACUUCAAUGAAACACAGCCGUGUUCACAGAAUCUCUCAGUUACCAUUUAUAAGACUCCAGACAGUGUUUCUAUCAGCGCCUUGAAUCACAUUGGACCAAUGAUAGAGGGAAUUCAGUAUGAGCUCCAGUGUGAUGUUUACAAUGUGGCUCCUGCUCAAAGUCUCACUGUCAACUGGUACAAAGGAAAAACUCUGGUGAAUCAAACCAGCUUCACUGACACCAGCAAGAGUUCAGUCAACAUGACAUCUAAUCUCCUGAUCCAACCGGACAGAACUGAUAAUGAAGCUCAGUACAGGUGUGAAGCAGCGUUAAACCUGGGAGAAGAAGGACCUCAACCUCCUCCUACAGUCACAUCAGAACCUCUCAGCAUUACUGUUGAAUAUGACUGCCCCAUUUCCUUCAACUUUUCUGAGGUGGUGGUUGAAUAUGGAACUUCAUUCUCAGUAAACUGCUCUGCUGAAACCACCAAAUAUUUGGGCUUGAGUUGGGAGCUAAAUGAAGAGACAGUGGAGAUCACUAGUGAGAUCUCCAAAACCGUGGAUCAAAUGACGGAGUGGGAGGGCAAAUUCUCUUGCUACAUCUACUUCAAUAACACACAGCCGUGUUCCCGGACUGUCUCAGUUACCAUUUAUAAGACUCCAGAUAGUGUUUCCAUCAGCACUGUGAAUCACACUGGACCAAUGACGGUGGGAAAGCAGUAUGAGCUCCAGUGUGAUGUUCACAAUGUGGCUCCUGCUCAGAGUCUCACUGUCAAAUGGUACAAAGGAGAAACUCUGGUGAAUCAAACCAGCUUCACUGACACCAGCAAGAGUCCAGUCAGUAAAACAUCUAAACUCCUGAUCCAUCCAAACAGAAAUGAUGAUAGAGCUCAGUACAGGUGUGAAGCGGAGCUGAAUCUGGGAGAAGAAGGACCACAACCUCCUCCUAAAAACAAAUCAAAACCUCUCAGCAUUACUGUACAAUAUGGUGGAUGUCCGAUUGAACUAAAGCCAAGGAGAGCUGUUGUGAAAUAUGGCAGUAGUGUUUCAGCUGACUGCAAAUCAUUUGUCCCACAUGAUGGGAUAGGAUGGGAAGCCACUGUGGGAGGAGUGCCCCUGUCCAAAGCCAGUCUGAUCACAUGGAGAGUGUCACAGCUGACAGACUGGGAGAUACAGCCACCAUUCUGCUACAUAAACUACAAACAGCAGUGUGAAGUAGCUCUCCCAGUCACUAUUUACAAGACUCCAGACAGUGUUUCUAUCAGCGCUGUGGAUCAAAUAAUAAAGGAGGGAAACCAGUAUGAGCUCCAGUGUGACAUUUAUAAUGUGGCUCCUGCUGAGAGUCUCACUGUCAACUGGUACAAAGGAGAAACUCUGGUGAAUCAAACCAACUUCACAGACACUACCAAGAGUCCAGUCAACAUAACAUCUUAUCUCCUGAUCCAUCCAGUCAGAGCUGAUAAUGGAGCUCAGUUCAGAUGUGAAACAGAGCUGAACCUGGGAGAAGAAGGACCUCAACCGCCUCCUAAAAACACAUCUGAACCUCUCAGCAUUCCUGUACACUAUGCUCCAGAAAUUAAAUCUUGUCAGCCCUGGUCACCAAAGAAAGGGUCUACCUUAGAUUCAUAUCCAAAACAUUUACAUUCUGUUGUGGGCAACCCCCAUCCAAGCAUCUCCUGGAAACAUAAUUCAUCGCCAGUCAAUGCUUCUGCACCUCUUACCGAAACAGAUUCUGGCCAAUAUGAAAUCACUGCUAGUAAUCAUUAUGGUGAAUCCAAUUGCACCAUAAGCAUCACAGUAGAGUAUUCUCCAGAGUUGAUCUGCGGAGAAAGCUAUGAAGUGAAAGAGAAAACAGUUUUCAGUCCUUGUGAUGUUGAGGGAGAACCAAAGCCAGAGUUAUCCCUCUACAAAGAAGGAAAAAGGAUCCAGCUUUUCAAUGGUUUCAGAUGGAAUGACAGUGGCUUGUAUCAGUUAACUGCAAGAAACAAACAUGGAUCUGUGAAUAAAAGCCUUACUAUCAACGUCCAGUAUGCUCCAAGACUGUUUGCUAGCCAACAGGAUUUUGUUGUGGCAAAAGACUACAGGAUAAUUCUACAGUGCAACUCCUCUGGUAACCCAGAACCAGAGAUGUGGUGGAGCUUCAAUAACAAGAACAUCUCCACCGGGCGGCGCUACAUCACCGUCAACAUCGAGAAGGCCACGUCUACCAGUGCUGGAAAUUAUACAUGCAUUGCCAGGAAUGAAAUUGGACGACAGGAGAAGGUCUUCACUGUCAAGAUAAAAGACAACUCUCGGAGCUACCUUCUAAUUGCUGUAGUGGUUAUUCCACUGCUUGUUUUAUUAUUGACAUGCCUGUUGUUCUUGUGGAGAAGGCAAAGAGCAAGUGGACGUUAUGAUGUAACGACACUUAAGUCAAAUGAAAUGGUUCCGUUAAGCAAUGGGGGCACUUAGUGAGUUUUAGCUUGAUUUGAAAAGUUGUAAAUAUGGUUACAUGAACAAAGCUGAUAUAAUGAACAUCAUUUGGGUUUCAAGAAAUAAAUAACUUAAAUUAAAAGACAAACUGUGGCAGAUAAAUUCAAGAAGAGAGGGCCAUUUACCUGAAUUCACCAUAUAAAAGAUCAUAUUAUACUCAGAUAAUCGGCCACUUAUGUUGUUGUAAAUGUCACUGAGAAAUAAAAAAAAAAAAGGUGAAAUUAAUUGAAAAAUAAAAAAAUAAAAGAGUAUAACAACCCAGCAGGCACACAUUGUCUUAAGAUGUUUAUAUUAAGUUAGAUUUAGGUCAAGACAACAUUGUUUUGACGUCCAAUAACGACGUCAAAUGACAUUGACAUUUGGUUGAUUUUAGGUUGUGUUGGACAGUGACCAAAAUCCAACAUCAAGCUAACAUCAUAAACCAACGUAAUAUUGAUGUCAAAUACUGACAUUUAUUUGUCAGGUAUGGCAACCAAAAUCCAACGUUUGACAGACGCCAUAGUGGUAACUUCCACACAAUGUCAAGCUGUAACAUCAUUAGACGUUGAUAUAUGGUUAAUUUUAGGUUGGGUGUUGGACAUUGAUAUCAGCCUGAUGUUGGGUUUUGACGUCAACCAGAUUUUCAUUUCCGAACAAAAUGCAAUGUCCCCACAAUGUCAGGGUACUACGUCAAUCUGAUAUCAUGUUGACGUCCUGUGCCUGCUGGAAAGUGCAUCAAAGGCAAUAUUUAACUCCUCGAACUGAAUGGGCAUUUUUAAAAUCUUUAUAAGCUAAAAUUUCCCUAAAUAUAGUGUCUGUGUUGUCUUUUACGUUAAAGGUGCCGUAAGUGAUCUGCCACAAUGCUAGCCUGUUAGCAUAAACCUCUGAAACAAUAUAGAGAGCGCGUCACAGGUCAUCAUUGUUCAAAAAUGAAUCAAUGUGCCUAUAAAAUCAACUUCACCUCAGUAAAGCAGGCUAGGCAGAAUAGCACUGUGUACUUCUGUUUUGUUGUUAAACUAAAUAAAAAUCGACAUUAUUGAUGCUGUAAAAGGACCGAAUGAAACUGAAAAUAGUCACAUCAAUCUAUCGGAAGAUUUUAGUGGCUGAACAACACUUCUGUGCAUAUAACCCAUUCAUAAGAACUCGAUCUGCUCUGCGUGACAAAAAUAGCUUUAAAACAGAACAUUACCAGUCUAACAGAAAAACUUCAGCCAUGGUGUCUUCCUUCCUCCAGCAUGCAAAAGUAACUACAAUAUCGAUUCAGGAUUUAAGAAAAAAGUUUGGAUUCAGCAUGUUUUUACCGCUCACUUUCGCUCUCUCUCUCUCUAAUGAAUGCGCAGCACGUGUAUGCACAAACGGCAGAGCUGCUAACAAACAGGUACGCAGUAGCUCUUGUCUGCAUUUGUUUACAGACAGUUUGGGCUACUUAUCGGAAUUACGGGAGAUGUAGGUCCGACAUUAUUUUAAUUGGAUGAACAUUUUUUAGUUUUAUGCCUCACCCAGAAUAUAAAAAUACAUAUAAACACAUUUAGAUCAUUUACUUUAAUCAUUAAUAUUGGAAUGUGAAGAGACUUUUAACCAGCACAACUAAACAUGUUUCUGAAGACACUCACCUACUGCACCUUUAACAUUUCAGUUUAACCAAUUUCUCUAAACCAGCGGUCACCGAACUUGUUCCUGGAGGGCCGGUGUCCUUCAGAUUUUAGCUCCAACUCUAAUUAAACACACCUGAACAAGCUAAUCAAGGUCUUACUAGGUAUACUUGAAACACCCAGGCAGGUGUAUUGAGGUAAUUUGGAGCAAAACCCUGCAGGGACACCGGCCCUCCUGGACCGAGAUUGGUGACCCCUGCUCUAAACAGUCAGAAUACUAACUGCUGUGAUGAAAACAAACUGUUUAAAAUCCUGUUGUAAAUAUAAACUAAUGACAGGGGUCAGCUGUUAUAUUGUAAAAAAAUAAAAAUCAUUAUUGUCAAUAUUGCUCUUGAUGUUGUAAUUAAAUAUUGAUCAAAAAUGUUUUUGUAUUUAAACAAAUAGUGUGAUAUAUUCUGACUAUACACAUGCAAAACAUGCUGGUUCUUUGUAGUGAGUCAUCUUUUAUGUAAAUGCAUCUGAUUGUCUAAAGGGUUCAUUUGAUUGCUUAUCAGAGUCAUAAAAAAGAAAUCUGAGGCAAAGUAUACAGAUCGAAAUAGCCUAAUAAUAUUAACACAAAAAUGUUUUAAAUCUUUACUCAUUUGAACAUUGAAUUUUAAUUUCGGGAGAGCACAUCAUUUAAUUUAACUGUGCAAGAGGCCUCUUGAAUUUAUAGAAAAAUUUUGCAACAAACUCACAUUCAUUGACAAAAUGUUGUCCUAUGUGUUGGCUAUUUACAUUUACAUUUUAUUUACAUGACUUUUAUUUACUGUAUUAAAGAUAUGCCCACUUUUUCUUAUUAUACUGUCAGAUUUGGUUUUAAUUUUAAUUUUAUUUUUGAUAAAUAACAUAAUAUUACUAAGAUUUUCAUGCAAUUAAACUGCCAAAAGACAAUGAACCACUUCCAAGACAAGACAUUUGCAUGCGUUCUGCAAUUUUCAUAUUUUUCUUCUUUUUUUAUACUUCUUGUUUCAUUGAUUUGACUUUCAUCUGUAAAUACAUUUGAUAACGGUUCUGUCUCAGUUAUGAUGCAAUAAACAAGAUUUAUUAACAAAA